AUGGCGGAUCAGAAGCCCGUGAUCAUCGACGACGACAACAAUCCUGCACUGGAUGUAGAGACCAGACUGGAGCUCGCAGAUCUCGAUCACCAGCUGCUGGAGAGUGAGAGGAAACUUCUGGAGAGCAAGAAACGCAAGAUCAUGCUGGCGCACGAACACAAGCUUUCUCGGAACAAAGGACCUCAUCGGCCAGCGAAGCCUGGAGUAGCGGAGACAGAAAGGAGCAAAGAGACUGUGGUCUCGACGCAGGAUCGUGCCGAUGGGAGAGACGGGAACAAGAGAAUCAAGGUUGAACGUGGGCUGAUGGAGGCGAGGACUCCACCACAGAAAGACAUCGUCGACCUGACGAAAUCAGCCUCUCCAGCGGACGACAUCAGAGUCAGAGACCGAGUCGCUCGACCUCAACGACGACGAAGCAAGUUCUACAAAGGCGCACGACUAAGGCCAGACGUGGAUUACAGAGAGUCAGAGACCGAGUCGCUCGACCUCAACGACGACUCCGACUCCGACUCCGAAGCGGAAGACAGUGCGCCACCCAAUACUCCAUACAAUUACAGACGCAUCAACCCAGCCUUCCCAACUAUCUGCAGAAUGCCAGAUGGUUCGCUGGCAGAACUCCACUGCAGCGGCUGCCAUUCCAACGCCAUGUUCCGCGACGGCGAGGUACGAUUUCUCGAGGUCGGACGCAGUCUACAGACGCACUAUGUCGCUUGCCAUAGAGAAUUGACGGCGAAUAAGGAAGGCCGCAGGCUCACUUGUGGGGAAUUGAUGGAGAUGAGUGUCUACAAGAUCCUGUCUGCCGCAAAGGCUGCAGCGGUCAGAGGCGAUACGCAGGAGGACUAUCAUGUUGAGGUCGCUUUGACGCCAGGGGCUCAGAUGAGAUAUGAUCAGUCUCGUGGGCAGCGGCCGAAGAAGAAAAGUGGAGGCAAAGCGAACCAGGCACUAGCUUCCGCUGCGCCUGGAGGCUACGCCCAGGAGGAGGACGACGACGACGAGGAGCAAGAUCCCGGACCGCCGACGCCGCCCGAGAGCAUCGCUACGAGGACCUCCAUGGCGGAUGGUGACGACGAUGGGAGGGCGCCAGCUGCUAAGCCGAAGCAACAGUUUGCAAGAAAGUCUGCCCCUGGAGGCGGAGCACUGGCGUACGCAUGGCCGUGGAGAGGCGGCAGGUGA